CCCAACGAGGGAGGGGGCGGGGCCUGUGUUUGUGCUUCGCUCGGUAGCGUCACCGCUCGUCAGUCAAAACAUCACAAGGGGCCACGGCUGGAGGCUGUUGUUUUUUAACCAGUCAACAGUGUUAGUUAUCGCUGGGUGAAGGGGAGGCAGUUACCUUGGCUGAAGAUGUCAGAGAGUUCCAGUGAUAGUGAAUCAUCCUGUGGUUGGACCAUAAUUAACCAUGAAGGUUCUGAUGUGGAGGUACUCAGUUCGGACAAAGGAGAGGCUGAAGGCACAUCACACUCUUUACCAGAUCAACAAUUUGACAAACCUUUUGAAUUGCAAGAUGAAACUGGACACACAGAACUGCCAAUAGAAACUCUCAGCUCCUCAGUUACAUUAGCGGAAAAGGAAUUACUCUCCGAGGCACCGAAAGAAAAAUUGGCUGAUGACAGUACUUUUGUUGGUGCAACUAGUGAUGAUUCAGAUAUUGUUACCCUUGAGCCACCACCUGUGGAAGAUCUUCAAGCUGUCCAGGAGGAACCUGAAGUUGCAGCAGAAGAGCAGACAAAUGAUGACGAAUUGAACCUAGGCUCGUCUUCCAGUAGCCAGUAUACCUUUGCCCCACCAGAAAAUGUAUCUGCGAUUGAAGGUAGCAGAGAGGAAUCAAGUAGUGAUGAAACCAGUGGUAGAUCCAGCCCCACACUGCGAAGACGACGUAUUAGGAAAAAAACAAUGUCUUCUUCUGAAACUGAGAAUAAACCUGGUGAGGAUGUGGUGGAUGGUGAACAGCAGCAACAGCAUCGGUUCAAUACCACUUUGAAUAAAUGCAUUUUACUUGCACUGGUUAUCGCUUUCAGCAUGGGAUUCGGACACUUCUAUGGAGACUUUCAAGAUGGCAGCCAGUUGCCUCUGAAGAGGGGAACGACCCAAAUACAGGAACAACAGAAAAUGGUGAAGAAAAUUCAUGAAGAUGAGUUGAAUGAUGUUAAAGAUGAUCUUUUUCAGUGUCAAAAGGAUCAGGCUGGAACUGAGGAACUUUUGGAAGAUAUAAAGGAAAAACCGGACAUAUUGGUUACACUGACAGAACUUAUGGAUAAAAUGAAAAAAGAGAAUGAGCAACUCAAAGAAAAGCAAGCUGAGCUUCAGGUCGUAUGUUUCCAGAGGAAUUCGAGCCCAGGACACCACCAACAGUUCCAACUGUGGAGUCAGAAAAAAGACUUGGGAACAGAGAGAGAAAGAAAUACAACUAUGAAGCCACAGGAAUGGAAGCGGAAAUUUGGGAGGGGGGACCCACAGUAUUUAGAAGGGAGAGUUCUGGCAAGGGAGAAAAAUAUAAGGAAGAAAGACAAUAAGGGCAGGCUUGAAUUUUGGCAUCUGGAACCAUGGGAGAUCAAUCUAAGAAAGAGCCAGUUCCACAAGCAGAGAAAACAGAUUCAUAAUGUCCACCGGAAAAUAUCCAGAAGAAAAAUUGCAAGUUUUCCUAAAAAAAGAACCCAUAACCCCUGCCAAAAUAUAGAGAAAAAAGCUCAUAGCAUUCACCAGAAUUUCCAAAGAACCCACGCUAUCCACCAAAAAAACAAAAAAAGACCUUCAACUUUCAACAAAAAAAAGAGAAAGCACAGCAAAUGUGCCAUGAGAUCUGGCAUUUGUCCCCAAAACCCCACAAAUAAGCCUACAAAAAAGAGCUCACAGCGUCUUCUGCUUAAAAAUAGAAAAGGCCAGAAAGUCUUCCAAAAACCCUCUCAUAAAAAAACCCACAAGGCUAAUCAGAGAAUCUGCAAUGUCAGCACAAAAUCGCAGCAAAAACCCUAUAAUAUGCACCGACAAAAGAGAAAGCAGCCUGUGCCUAGCAAAAAAAGCCUAUAUCUGCCCAAAGACACCUGCAAAAAAGCCCACAGUGCUUACCACACAAAAAAACAGAACACAGCACACCAUAUUUACCACAAAGAAACCCAGAACAAAGCGCCCAAAAUCCAAACUAAAGCAGGAAAAAGCCUACAACAUCCACCAAAAAAGAGAAAACAGCCCAUGUCUGCCAAAAAUGCCCCCAUUUGCCCAAAGAAACCCAGAAAAGAGCCAACAAUGUCUGCUAAAAAGACAAGAAAGGGCUCACAAUAUUUGACAAAACAAAUAGGAAAACAAUUGCAACAUCCAUCAAGAAAAAGAAAACAAUCACCAUCCAUCGUAAAAAGUCCACACCACCUAUCUAAAAAAUCCCAGAAAAGUGUUAAUAGUAUCAAUCAGAAAGACCUCCAUAAACAAGCCCACAAAGUUCAACAAUUCCCCCACAGAAUCCGCAACAAAAACUAAGUUGAAAUAAGCAGAUGAUCUCGGCAAACUGUAGUUACUUCAUGUUUCUCUUGUCCUUUUAUCUCCUCCUCUGCCCUCCCCAUCUCCUGCCCAUCAGUCCAUCUGGGUGGCUUCUGGAAUGUUUUUAUUUGCACAAUUGCUUCUCAUUCUCUCACUGCUCCUUGGUGUCUCCACAGCCCAUUUCAACCUUUGUGGCUUGCAUCAUGCAUUGCAUAUAGUUUAUUUUAUCUGCAUAUGUGUGCAAACAUGUUCACAGAUUGUUGUUUUCCCCUAGCAAAGUGCAAUGUAGCAUUUUUCACUUAACAGUUUUGAUAAGUGCCAGAUGCCUGAGGGCUCUGCUGAUGUGCAAUUACCCAGUAAGUGUAUGCAUUUUUAAAGUACUUUGUGUAAAUUGUGACCUUACUACCAUUAUUAAGUAUUUUCAAUCUCUCAUGUACCAGUGACUAGGGAAUUAGCAGAAUUAAGGGAAUACUCCAAGGAUAGAUUUUUUAAAUUAUAUUUGUCAGCUUCUUUCUGCAACCUGACAUUUAAAUAAAAUGAAUGGCUACAUUUGCCUGCAUAAUUUAUCAUGUAUAUAUCCUCCUUUGUAAUGAUGAGAUGCCUUCUGUGCUUGCUUUCAGAAUUCCUUAAAUGAGAUUGUCUGGAAGUGCUGGUCUUUUAUUCCAACACUUUUUGGCAAUCGUAAUGGUGUGCAAUGACUGCAACAUUUUGAUAUGUGGGAUAGCUAUUAAUCGUUAACUUCAGAGCAUGUACAAUUACUGGUCCUUGGAGACUUGAAGAAAGGGGGAAAAUGAAAUGAUUUUAGGAUAAGCAUUAAAUUAUGAUGUUUGUGGUGUUGUUCUUUGGCAGUGAAGAAUUUUAAAUUAAUUUUUCAGUUGCCACGUAGUUUCAUUGGUCUUUGGGUUGACUGUAAGGAGUUAGAAUUUAGUCUUCAUUGCAAACGUAUCUUGCUCUGCAAUAAAUUUCUGAUGUUGCAGCAUAUUUACCUUCCCACAAGAUUAUAAUUUUCACCAACUUCAACACCGUUCUGCUGUGAAGCUGUUGAGGCCCUCAUCACCAAAUCGUACCUUGGUUUCUUCCUCUACUCCUGGCACUUCUCCUUCGAGCACCUUUACUGUUCCAACCCUCUUCCUGCCUAUUUAAAAUCCUUGUUCUCUGCUGCAUUUCAAGUUUCUUUGCAAGAUAUUUUCCCUCCUUAUCUCUUUCAGAUGCUGGAGUUCAAGCUCAGUGAUUUCAAUUUCCAACUCAAUUUAUUUUGCCCUCUCUCCUUAUUUCACUGUCGCCCUAUCUUACCAAAUCUCCCUCCAUAUUAAACCUGCUACCGCUUUCCUUGACCUGGACCAUGAUAUCUCUCAUAACCUCUACUUCUAGCAUCUUGAUCACAGAUGGACUAUCUCUGAUCAUCUCCUUGUUUCUCUUGUCACCCACAUCUCUUCACAUUUUUUCAAUCCCACUUCUCUGUUCAACACUGAAUUAAAAAAUUCUCCCAUGUUACAAUUGCAUUUUAGUCUCUCAACUGUCUAGCCUUUGGCCUUCAUUUUACUACAAUAUUUCAGCAACUGUUGAAUUACUUAACCGCUCUCUUACCCACACUUUGGAUACCCUUUUCCUCAGUGAAGCUUUACUGUUUUUCACCUGCAUUAUUCCUCCUGGUAUAACCAGCCUCCAUCUUCCCACCUUCAAGUUUUGCCAUCCAUCAGCAGAACUGAUUGGUCAAAUUAAAUACCUCUUAUUGAAGGCCUCACUAUUAUCUGCCAAAAAUAUCCAGUGUUCCAGGCUCAUGCUGGAGAGAGAAAAUAACCCUGGCUUCUUUUCACUACUAGCAACCAUCUAUUUAAAUCCUCCUGCUCCCUUCACUCUCCCCUCCAACAACAAGUGCAAGGAACUCAUGGACUUAUUUUGAUACUAACAUUGAGACCAUCUGUUCAACUAUUUCUACUGCUUCCUCCCUUUCCCUCACCCACCAAGCUGAACCUCCCUCCUUGGAUCUGGCCCUGAUCAUGUGUCUUUUUGUCUUUCUCCUAUCACCUCUCAUGGCCUUUCCAAGCUCAUCUUGUCCAGGAGAUCCACUUCCUGCUUCCUUGACCCCAUUUUUUCUAAACUCUUGACCACUCAUCUCCCCUUCCUGACCCUUAUGCUAAAUGAUUCAGGCACUGAAUACUAUUCCUCUGCCUUUCAAAACAGCUGCCAUUCAAUCUCCUCUUCAAAAGAUGCAUGCCUGACCCAAUUACCAGAUAAUUAUCUCAGCCUCAGCUGCUUUUCCUUUGAGUCUGUUCCACAUAGCCAUUACUUUGGGGGUGGGGGAAUUACUAAUAACUCUCUAGAGUCUCUGUUUUUAAACCUCAGUUCUCUAGCUCAGCAGUCAAAAUCUAAUAGCCAGUUUAGAAAUGCAUCAAUUUUUCCUCACAAUGUAUGGAAGACUUGUGCCUUUAAAAAAAAAAUCCUUCAUGACAAGUGGACAUCACUGGCAAGGCUAGCAUUUAUUGCCAUUCCUAAUUGCCCCUGAGUAGAUGGCAGUGAACCUCUGCAAUCCUUGGCGUGUAGGCAUGCCACGGUGCUGUUAGGGAGUUCCAGGAUUUUGACUGAGCAACAGUGAAGCAACUUCAAUAUAUUUCCAAUUCAGGAUGGUAUGUGACUUGGAGGGGAUCUUCCAGGACCCUGUCUUAGUUUAGCUCUGACUUAGAGCACUUAGUCCUGGAAUUAUCCUUGUUGCUCUUCUUUGAAUCUUCUUCAACAAGUCAAUGCCUUUUUGAAGGCAGGGUGCCCAAAAUUCUAUGUGGCCUCACCUUUGAUCAGUACAAGGUUGAAGUAACCUUUUUGAGUUGUAGUCAGAUGUCCUAGAGAUAGAUCUUUUAUUAUUUUGUUUAGCUUUAUUGUUACAGACUAGGAACUUAUUGAAUGAUUACUCUUUGUACCAAGAUUUUUCCCCUUUCCCUCUUUUUCUCUAAAGGAUACUCCAUUGCAAACACUAUCUCUGCUUCCAUUCAGAAUGUAUCACCUUAUAUUUACUUACCUACAUUAAAACCCAUCUGCAGUUACUUAGUUCAUCUGCUUAAUUGUUCCAUAUCAUUUUAACUAUUAGCCCCUAGCUUGGAAUCAUCAAGCAAUGGAAUAAUAUUGCAGGAGGUUCUCUUUUUCAGUCACUCGUGAAUGGUGUAAACAGCAUUUGCCUUAAUACAGAUCCUUGUGGAGCUUCACAGUUUACUACCAUCUAGAAAGCUUUUUCUCCCAGUUAUCAUUACCCUCUGGUUCAUUCACUGUGCAAACCAGUUUCAACCCAGCUAACUAAUUUAUCAUUUCUUUGAGCAUCACCAUUAAACGUCUCACCUGUGCAAUUUUAUCUGAUGCCUUCUGAAAAUUAGAAUAUAUAUAUUGGCCUGGAUUCUGUGGCAAUAAUGAUGGCUUUCACCAUCAUUACCCCUUUGCAACUGACUAACCUUUGGAGUCUGCACAUGAGCAGUUAAAAGCAGAAAUCCAGAAGUUGAUGUCAGUGAUUCUAUGCUUCUCCUAUAGGGUGUACUAUUGAAGACCAGCCCCCACUCUCCCUGCCCACCCAGACAUACAAUCACGUAGAAACCACUGAUCUGACAAUACCAUGG